GGCUCAACCAAUCACACCAGAACUUGUCACAAAAUUACUGGGAAAUCGUGUGGCUGUUAGUCCUAUAGUUACAGUUGAACCAAGGAGAAGAAAGUUUCAUAAACCUAUUACUCUGACCAUACCAGUUCCUCAAGCUGCAACUAAAGGCAUGAUAAAUCAAUACAGCGGUGAUGCUCCCACACUGAGGUUACUAUGCAGUAUAACAGGUAGUACCAAGACAGGUGGGACAAUCAAAGCUCAAUGGGAAGAUGUUACAGGAUCUACUCCUUUAACUUUCGUAAAUGACUGUGUUUCCUUUACGACGACAGUCUCUGCGAGAUUUUGGCUGAUUGAUUGUCGGCAAGUAAAUGAAGCAACUAAGUUUGCUACCGAACUUUACCGUGAAGCCAUUCAUGUGCCCUUUAUGGCAAAGUUCGUGGUGUUUGCGAAAAGGCGGGAUCCUCUUGAAGCCCAGUUGCGAGUAUUUUGUAUGACAGAUGACAAAGAAGACAAGACAUUAGAAUCUCAGGAACAUUUUACUGAAGUUGCUAAAAGUAGAGAUGUUGAGGUUUUAGAAGGAAAGCUACAGUACCUGGAAUUUGCUGGCAAUCUUGUUCCUGUCACAAAGUCAGGUGAACAGCUGAGUCUCACAUUCCAAGCCUUCAGAGAAAACAGACUACCCUUUACAAUUCGUGUAAAAGACCCUCAUCAAGAACCUAUGGGACGGGUGGCAUUCAUGCGAGAACCAAGAGUGGGUCGCGGAGAACCUCCACAGUCACCUAUUUGUAACCUAAAUAUAGUUUUACCUGAGGCUGACCCUACUCCUGUAUCCGAAUUAGUAACAUUAGAGAAGAAAUAUGGUUUUGUCACAGAAACCAGUUUAGCAAAACCAGAACUCAUUCACAGAGCAGAUUUGAGACUGUCAGACAUAGCAAAAGAACUGAGAGAUGACUGGAUAUCUCUUGCAUUGCAGCUAGAUGUACCUGAAUCUGACAUAAACACAAUUAAAUCUGAAAAUCCUAAUGAUACUAGCCAGCAAGCUUUGGUUAUGCUGAGACACUGGUUGCAGCGUGCUGGAAGCAAGGCUACAGGUAACUUCCUGGAGAAAGGUUUAAGGAAAAUCAAUAGAGAAGAUAUUGUUAAUCAAUGUAUGUUCAAUGUUGAACUGGUGACAGAUGAUGUAGAAAAGGCUGUAGCAAAAGUUCACUUGGAUCAGUCAGGGUUUGACACAUUUAAAGAAGAGCUUGGUUCUUCACGAGAUGCCUCCUUAAGAAGAGAAACAUCUCUAAAUGGGACAUAUGAUGAACAAGAUAUUAUGAAGGAUGCUGAAUCAGCAGCUGAAACAAGCAGUGAAAGUUCUGAUAAAGAAGCACACUUCAGAUCAGAAGCAAGGCAUCAUGAUUUGGGAAUGGAAAGGAGAACCGAUUCUGAAAAUUUUACCCGCUCAUCUAAAGGUUAUGAUGAAGGUCCAGAAACACUUGUACAAACAGUUCCAACCGCUUUAGCUGAAUCUUUCACUCAAAAUAUGGUCAACGGGCAGCUAUCAGAUACUAGUUUUCAUGAAGAAGACAGAUCUGAGCCUACUGUUGCUACUCUAUCCAGUGAAGCUACAGCUGAAAUGGAAAUCUCUUCACUGGAAGAUAAGUCUCAAACAGAAACCCAUGUGGAAAAAAAAGAAUGGACGGAAACGGAUGAUUCUGGUAGUAUCAGACAAAUCACUCAAAUUAAAACUGAAACUUCUAUUAAGUUGGAAGGGGAUGGUGCAGUUAAAUCUCUCAAAAAAACUCCAAAGAAGGAGGAUUCUGAUGAGGAAAAGAAGAGUUCAACAGAUUCAGAAAAAGAAGAUCUCAGCUUUACCGAGAAGAAAAGUUUCUUUCAAAGGCUUUCACUGACAUCAGAUUCCUUGCCUGUUAAUAGCAAAUGGACACAGGAUGUUUCAUUAGAUGAUUUACCUAUGGCAGAAGGAGAAAUUAUUCAAGAGCAAAUCAGUUUUGAAGACAAGUUAAAAAUGUUUGAACCUGAUGAAGACAAUCGGAAAAAAAUCCAAAAAAGGGACAAGUCUGAGCAACCUACAGUUUACAGAUAUGAUUUUACAAAGCCUGCUAAAGAGAGGCCUGUUGCCACUGAAUUUGUAGUUUCAGAAUUGGAGAAAGCUGAAGAAAUUGUUAAACAGGUCAGUGAGGAAUUAAAUGUUGAAGAAAAUCUUCUGAAUGAUCAAAAAUUUAAUUUGAAUGAUAAAACUACUGAUAAUGAGUCUGAUGUGGAUUCUGCAUUCACUUUAGAAAGAGUAGAACAAGAAGUAUCUUCUCUUUUAGCGGAAGUUGAUCGAGAAGAAAAAGAACUGUCUAAUGACUUUCAUCAUAUAUCUAGUUCUCAAGUGGACAGUAAUAUGUCCACUAGAGACUCUCAUUUGUCUGCCAUUAGGUCUGGUAGUCAAGAAACUGAGAAUUCAGAUUUUGCAGCUUUAAGUUUUGACUCAGCUCCAAAGAGCCCAGUUCUGACCGAAGAACCUUGUACUUAUAUUGAAGCAGAUGUUUCAAUGCAGGAAGGAGAAAAAGUCACCAUUUUGGAAAGUGACGUUUAUAAAGAUGAAAAAUCUGUAGAUCCAGAAAGAUGUGUAGAAGUGGAAUCUUUAGCAUUUCAAUUAGAGACUGAGGAAGUCUCAGAAACUGAUGUUCCUCCAGUUGUGGAAUCUCUUGGUAGUGCACACGAUCAACAUGCACAUCAUUCUUUAAGCUCUGGAGAUAUUCGUGUAAGCUCUGUAUCGGAUGAAGAAUAUACUGAAAGGAAACUUAUUGUGGAUUUAUAUAAAAAAGAAGAAUUUAAGGAAGCUGUUAAACUGGAUGAAGAUGACAGUGUUCGAGAUACUGUGAAACACUCUCAAGAGAAGCCUUCAAAUCUGAUGGACAUUUCUUCUACUGUUGAUAGUCAUAUUAAAUCAGAAAUUCUUAGGGAAGAAAUUGAUUUAUCUAUUGAAGAAAGUCCUCUUGAAGUAAAACAAAUUGCAGAGGAUCUGGAACAUAUUUCAGCUUCUGAAGAUCGUAAAUGUCCUGUUUACCAGCAUAUCAGAACUGAAAUACUUACUCAAGCAUUGGGUGAAGAUAUUGAAUGUGGGUCUCCUGAAAGAAAAGAGCUGGGAACUUUUUCAUUGAAAAAGUCUGACCUCAGUGAAAUUUCAGGAAGAACAACACAGGAAUCUUCCUCUGAAAUUAGUAAUGAUAAACAGAACAAUUUGCCAAGAAAGAUUUCUCCUCAGGUAUCUGAAGAAAGUGCUGGGCCAACUGAUGACAUAUCUUCAUCAGAAGGUAUUACAGUAGAGCAAGAUGAACAUCUAGUAGAUUAUGAAGAAGCCAGAGAGGAGCACUCUCUGACUGAGCAGCUUCAAGCUCUUGCUUCAGAUUCGUUACUUGCGUCCAAAGGUUUAAUGCAAGACGUUUAUCAAACAUUAGAUUUUGGAUCACAUGAUUUUGAUCAUAUGUCAUCUGGAAUGAGCAGUUCUAUGGCGGAUGUUGAUAUUCCACGCCGUGGAAAAGAUGUUUAUUCUAGGCCUGAUAAGAAAGAUAUAAGAUCAUUAAAAUCAACUAAACAAGUUUCCACCAUUGAGGAACAUUCGUCUAUUGAAUCUUGCGAUUCUCCACAAGAGAUGGCUUUGCAAGAUCUUCCUGAAAAAUCUGAUUUAAAGGGAAGUUCGUCUGAUGAGGAACAUAAAGACAAAAGUCAAGACUUAAGUUCUCAAGAAAUGUUCAUAGCUGAUAGUAAUCAAAUAAAAACACAUAUAGUUGCGGAGGUAGAUGUCAAUGCAGGAUUUGAAUUACCAUCUGAAAAGAAAGGUACAACUGUAGAAGAAAAAUUAUUAGAUACAGAUUUUUUAGAUGAUCCUGGCUUAUUGUCCAAAAAAUCUGAUUCGUUUGAUGAAAGUAGAAAGCUGCCACGAUCAGAAAGUAAAUCAUCACAUGGGAAAAAGAGCGAUUCAGAUGCAGAAGGUUCGAAAAUUGAAAGUAUAACUGAAUCUGCUGGAAAACGUAAAGAAGAGUCAUUUUCUAGUUCUGGAGAAACAGAAAGCCCAUAUUAUUCAGUUGAAACUUCUGACAGUGGAAGAACACCAAGAAGUACACCUGCUGCUAGUAGGCCAUGCUCAUCUGAGUUUGAAAUUAAUGUUUUCAGUGGUCAUGGCUCUGAAUAUGAAACGUGUGUCACAUCUCAAGAAGCAUCUGGAUCAUAUGCAACUGCCAUUUCAUCUCAAGAAAUAUCAUAUGCAACUGCGUGUUCCUCGUUUAGUCAUAGUUCAAGAGAAUCUGCUUAUUCCGUUGACUCAGAAAGUUCUGGCCAUCUGGCUAGUGUAGAAGUAUCAUCUGAGGCUAGUGAGACAUUAGUGCCUUCUGCACAAGAAAUGGAAUUAGAAUUUGGCCCUGAUCUGGAAAUGCCAGUUCUAGAUGAAGAGCCAGCAAAUUAUGAUUCACUUAAAGAGCCAUAUGAUAUGAAAAUUCCCGAGUCAGUCAUUCGAAGUGGCAUUGAACUACCUUUUAUGAAAACCUGGGAUUUCAGAGAUACAGCUCCUGACGAAAAAAUGAAGCAGUUGCCUCAACAGUGGACAUGGCAAUAUGCAACUGAAUCUGAAAUUUCUGAUAAAUUCGAAGUUAUUGAAAAUAAUGGAAGUAUUCCAAUAGAUACAGAAGUUGCUUCUUCUGCUACAGAAGUUCAUGCCAUUGAAGAAGGUGUGCAUUUUUCAACUUCUGUUGCAUAUACAACACCGUCUUGUACUCAGGUUGAAACUGGAUCUUCUUCACGGGAUAUUCCAUAUCACAGACGCUCAGUUAGUUCCGUUAUGGAUAUAGUCCUCGAUCAAGAGCGUAUUGAACAAACAAAUAGUGUACUUGAUGAAGAGCAACUUUCUGUGUCUGAAAGUUCAGCAACUCAUAGUGAACAGACAUGGCAAACCAGCACUGAUACAGCUGUACAGCUCUCUUAUAAUGCACCUUCAUCCUGUCUUGCACCAGACAGUCCUAAUUUUGUGGCUGCAUCUGAUUCUUGUCAAGAAAAUCUUGAGGAAGCGCUUACUCCUGAACACUCUUUUAUUUCGCAUCCUGAAACUUCCUAUCUUCAGUUAAACGGUCCUGUUGAAGUGGAUUAUAAUCCAGAUUAUGACAAUCUUGAUGGUGAUAAUUCACAGCCUGUAUCUAAUCAAAACCAAUCAUAUGAAACAGAUGGUUUGCAAUUUGACCUUGAAAUAGAAGGUAGUAAUGCUAUUUCUUCUGAUGCUGCUAGUCAGCACACUUCUGGUGUGAACUCUCAAUCCGUGGGAGACAUGGGAAGUAAGAAUAAUGAGAGUACUUCAUGUCACACUCAGCCCUCAUCAGAUUAUGACACACAAAAUGGCAGGUCAUUGGACGCUGAGAAACCAGAAGCACAGCAAGAACAAUCAUUUAGUUUUAGUGGCUACAGUAGUCACAGAGCUUCUGAAUCUCGUGUAUGUCCUGAUUUGACUAGUUAUCUUCCUGAAAGUGAUCAGUGUGAUUUACUUCCUGGAGGAAUUGAUUCCUUACCUCCAAGUUAUGAAAGUGAAAUUAAUAUUCCAUGUGGUGAAUCUGUUAGUAGCACUGAAGCAAUGCCCACUUUAGGAACAGGAUCUCAGUUGCUGCCAGAUCUUCAAAGUACUGAUUCUCUUGAGAGAACUGAUAUAGUUGACACAUCACCUGAAGAUGAGCGUUAUGAAUAUAAGUCUCAUAAAACAGCUGCCACUGGAAAAUCAUCAAAAGACGAAAAGACUUCAGAUGCUCAAAGUGCAUCUUCCAGUGUAAAAUGUGAUGAGGGAGACAUCCUUGCUGAAUCUGAUUGUGUUUCUCAAGUAUAUACUUCAAAAUAUGAUGAAAUUUCAGGAACUGAUCUGUAUACUCAUCAUGAAGAAGAAGAAUUUGAGUUGCGUGAAUCAGAUGUUUAUCCAAGUCCCAUUCCGUCUAUUGAAGAAGAUAAACAAAGCACUCCUAGUUUUGAUGCGCAUCCUAGUCGGAGGUUUUUCCCAAGAAGUGGUGAUACAUCUGCAUCAUCUUCUCUUCAGGAGUUUGAAAGGCUUGAGGCAGAAAUCGUUGCUGGUAGACUUAGCCGUUCUUCUGUUGAUUCAAGUGAAAAAAUGGCAUUUACUAAGAGUGGUGAGCAUGAUGAUAUUUCAAUGUCAUCUUUAACAGAAUUUGAAAAAUUGGAAAAGGAAUGUGUUGAAAACGAGCCACUUGAUAGAAUUGGUGUAGAUGAUGUCAUGCUUUCUGAAAUUGAAGAAGGUCUUGAAAGUCAGUCUUCAGAUGUUCUUGAAAUUUUGCCUAGUUCAUUACAUGAUGGUUCAGAUUCAGAAUAUGAGAAAAGGCGAAUUGAUUUUGAAGAAAUAAUUAAAGUAGCUCAGACUAAUGUUGAGAAAUUCCAAGAAGAAACUGUGUCUGAAGGUGUAACUUCUGAUGAGUGUACUGUUCUAAUGAGAGUUUUAUCUGAAACCCAAGACACAUCUGAAGGAAAUAAGGUCUCUAGUAAAGAUGAAGCUACUGACAUUGAAGAAUCUGAGCCAUUUCCUCCAGCAACAGAUGUUGAUAAUCUAGGUGGAGGUCACGAUUCUAGUUCUAGUGGGGAAAAGAUGUGUGGUAAUGGAAAAUUAGACUGUAUGAUAUCUAGUACUGAUUCAAUAGAUCCAAGCAGUUCAACAGCUACUCAUGCAACAUAUCAAUUUGAAACCGACUCUGUUAUGUCAUCGAGCAUCAAUAGUGCUCAGGCUUCUGGUGAAGAAUGCACUAUGGUCUCCAGCACUGACACUUUAGAGCCGGAACCUAAAUUAACUUAUUCUAUAGGUGACACUGUAACAGAUGAAAAAACUCAAGUUUCAAGUAAUGUGGAUGAGCCUUUAAGUAAAGGAGCAUUAGCUUGUAAGCUAGAAGAACUUCAAAAUUUGCAAAGUGCCAAUGGAGCCAAAGAGCAAAUGGAGUUAUUUCUUUCAAAAUUAACUGAUGAAUCUGUUUUGAUGGAAGAUUACCCUUCCCAUUCAUUUACAGAUAUAAAAGAAGAUUCCAAACCACUUAGAGCUUCUGAUGAUUUAUUAAAGACCUUUGAAGCUGGACAUGGAUUAAGUGCGUCAGGUGAUAGCUCAGCAUUAGAUGGAGAAGAUUUAGUUAGUAGAACUACAGCUACCACUACUACUAGAAUUGUCACCACUGUAACAACUGAUCAGAAUGAUUGUAGUGGACAGGAGCAACAAACUGCAGAUGAUAGUGAAGAUUUACGGCAUAGUGUGGAAGUCAUAUUAAACCAGUUCAUGAGCGAGGAUUCAUCUGGUAUAAAACUCGAAGAUUCCAGCAUCGAACAUGAUGAAUAGAUGCCAUCUUGGUCCUUUUGUAUAAAGCUGUCUCAGAACUCAAUGUGUUUGUUAAUCAUAAAGGUAGACUGUGGGCUACUCAAAUGUUUCUAAGUUUCAGUAACUCACCAGUCAUUAAUGGUGUGCCAUAAUAGCUUUGUGCAGCAUUGUAUUUGAAAUGUAUUGCAUGACCAGAAUUCUAAAUAACGAUUCCUGUUUUCUCUGCCAUCAAAAUUAUUCAUUCCUACCCAUGAAUAGAGAUCACAGUGUUAUACUGUUACUUUUUAGAGCACUAUUUUAUUGCAUAUGUGGUAGACAUUCUGAUAGUGUUUUUAAACUUUAUGUGAUGCCGCAAAGAAAAAAAAAACAGUGAUGUCGAGAGCUUGUGUUUUUGUAAAGGCAUAAUGGGAUAUACCUCCUGCCUAACAAAUAAUGUGGGCAUUGUCAAAAAUCCUGCCCAUUGAACAUUUCCUAAUUUUGUUGGUGAAUAUUUUAAAAAUGAAGUAUUUUGUUUUCUAGAGUUUAGUCUUAACUUAUCUGCUUAUGUGUUGUUAGUUGCAGAAAUUUAAUGAAACUGUGUUCAUAUGGUUCAAAUAAAGCUUUGAGAAUUCUA